UAGACCUUAUCUCGUCUUUCUCUCUCAUUCUCAUCUGAGAAACAUUUUCUUCUCAUUCUAUCUUAGAUUUUGAAGAUAAUCAAUGACACCUACUUGAGAGAAAUUUAUUAGGGUUGCGUAUUUACUAGUCAGGUUCUGAUUUCAGAGGAUUUAUGAAGGCUAAACAACUCAGAGCACAAUAUCAGAUCUCAAAUCUCCUGCUCUUACAUUAGAAUGUCAGGACGUCGUAUAAAUCCUCCUUGUAAAGAAUGGUUCACUGCACGUAAGGGUUCACCGAGGUUUAUUGAAGGUGUUAAAUCUUUCAUUCAAUUUACAGCUGACAGUCUUGGGGAAGAUAUAAAUCAAUUUCAUUGUACUUGCAUGAAAUGUCAGAAUUAUAAUAGUCGUCCAAAAACUCUUGAUGAAAUACAUGGGGAUAUUCUUGAUCAUGGGUUCGAUGUGACAUACCGAACGUGGAUCCAUCAUGGUGAGAAACCUCGUGAGAAUAAUUCCACUGUUAGAGCUUCCGCGUUACCCACUAAUAAUGUUGUGAGUGAAGCUUCUUUUCCGAGAAUGGUUGACUUGUUCUUAGACACACUAGGUCGCACUGAGCUUGGUAACCAUGAAAAUGGUGCUAUUGAUGAAGAUAGUUCAAAUGCUAAUGUUGAAGAUGAUUCUGGUGCUAAUGUAGAAGGUGGUGCUGGUGCUAGUGUUGAAGAUGGUGUCGAUGCCGAUUUCAGAAAGAGGAUGUUGGAUGCAUUACAACCCCUCUAUCCAGAUUGUGGUGGUGAACAUACAAAACUGUCGACAGUGAUUGAGCUUCUUAGUUUGAAAGCAAGGUAUCAGUGUUCCAAUGUUUUUUUUACAGAAUUAUUAAAAUUUAUGAAAACUAUUUUACCGGAAGGGAACACGUUACCAUCUACAUGUGCUAAAGCUAAGGGUAUGCUCAAGCCAUUUAACUUGCCGGUCGAGAUUAUCCAUGCUUGCUUUAAUGAUUGCAUACUUUAUCGAAAGGAGAAUGCUGAUUAUGAAGAGUGUCCUAAAUGUCAUGCAAGUAGAUGGAAAGUACCUCCUGAAGGAAGUGAUCCAAAUGCUAGAAAAGUGCCAGUGAAGAAACUAAGGUUUUUCCCAAUUACUGAAAGGUUACAGCGUUGGUAUGGUACUCCAUGGAUUGCUGAGCAGAUGUACUAUCACUCUAAUGUUGAAGAAAGUAUUACACACAUGCGACAUCCUGUGGAUUCUUCUUCUUGGAAGUCAAUUGAUAGGAAGUGGCCUGAGUUUGCUUCUGAGAAACGUAAUGUGCGUCUAGGAUUAGCCACUGAUGGUUUUAAUCCUUUUGGAAUGAUGACUACACACAGUACUUGGCCCGUCAUGGUUUUUCCUUUUAACCUUCCCCCAUCAGUAUGCACGUCAAACGAUUUUACACUGUUAUCACUACUUAUUCCUGGUCCAAGUGGUCCCAAUGGAAACAUUGAUGUUUAUUUGCAGCCCUUAAUUGAUGAGUUAAUUGAGUUAUGGUUAAAAGGAAAGCUAACGUAUGAUGCGCACACAAAGACUUCCUUUACAAUGAAAGCAAUUUUAAUGUGGUGUAUACAUGACUAUCCGGCUUAUGCGUAUAUGUCUGGUCUGCGAACAUCUGGAAAAUUUGGUUGUCCGGCAUGUGGUGAAGAUACUGAGGCUCUGAGGCUGAAAUGGGGUAAUAAGUUUGCAUACAUGGGUCAUAGAAGAUUUUUAAGAGAUCGGUCUCACCCUUACAGACGUGAAACCGACAAGUUCAAUGGAUUUAAGGAAGAUAGGGGUGCACCAAUUCGUUUGAGUGGCGUUGAAUUGUUUGAUAGGACAGCAACAGCAAACAAGGAAUUCGGGAAGAUGGUAAAGCGGUCACUAGUUGAUUCUCCGUAUUCGAAGAGAUCAAUUCUAUACAAUCUGCCAUAUUGGAAGUUUCUGCAACUUCUUCAUAAUGUGGAUGUGAUGCAUGUAGAAAAGAACUUUGCAGAGAAAAUGUUUGGGACUUUCAUGAACCACAAGGAUAAGUCUAAGGAUGGGGAUCCAGCACGCAAGGAUUUGGAACUGCUGAACUUAAAACCUGACUUGUGGUUGACGGAAACAAAUGGUAAAGUAGAACGCCCCCCAGCUCCUUAUUGCUUGCCUAAGAAUGAAAGAGAACUAGUCUGUAAAACUUUUAGCAAACUGAAAGUUCCUAUUGGUUAUAGUGGAAACUGGAAAAAGAAAGUGGAUAUGAAAGAGUUACAAUUUAAGUGUUUGAAGUCCCACGACUACCACAUGCUUAUGCAGGGUUUGAUGCCAAUUUUUCUAAUGUAUUGUUUCAAAGAUCAUAAGCUUUUGCGUGAGGCAAUACAUCAAUUGUCAUUGUUUUUCAAAGUUCUUUGUUCUAAGGUUAUUGAUCGUGAAGCGCUUCGUCUAAUGCACGAACGUAUUGUGGAGUCUUUAUGUGUGUUUGAGAUGUACUUCCCACCGGCUUUUUUUGUUACGAUGACUCAUCUUGUCGUACAUUUGGCCGAAGAGGCACUAACAUUGGGACCAGUUCAAUUUAGGUGGAUGUACCCUUUCGAGAGGUAUACUUCUUUAAUUGUUGAUACUUUCAGUUUCUUUAUUACUUUAUGAACUUAUAUAUACCUUACAUAUAUAUAAUUGUGUUACUAAUUGCAUGCGCAUGAUGAUGAGGACCUACAAGGUUUAUGGACGGAACAAAAACUAUAUUGAAGGGUCAAUAACUACACAAUAUGAGGUCGAUGAAGGAGCGCGCCAUUGGAUGGAGUUCAUUCCUGAGGGUAAGAAAAAGUAUUAUAAGUGUCAUAGAAAGAUAGCAUUGCACGGUGAGGUUUACGAAGGUCCAGAACCGCCUAAUUCACAAGGAAAAUCAUACCAAUUAACUUCCUUACAACAUCAACAAGUUCGUCUUUUGGUAUUGAUACAUUCAGAAGAAAAUACUGAAUGACAAGAGAAAUACAAGGCAUACAGUAAUACUUUUAACCGAAGAUCAAGGAGAAAGCGUCAGGAUUACAUUCCCUGGUUAAGAGAUCAACUUCUAGGCACUCCCAUGACAGAUUUUCAUAGGAUCGUACUUGGCCCUUCCUUCAAGACAGUUUCCUAUAGAGCGUAUUCGGUGAAUGGUUAUCUGUUUUAUACAGCAGAGGCAGAGCAAUAUAUGACUACACAAAACAGUGGAGUGACCAUGGAUGCCUUCACCAGCUUCAGAGUAAGCGCCAAAGAUACCAACUUGGUGGGCGAUGAUACUUCUUACUUUGGCAUUGUGAAAAAGAUACUUGAACUCGAUUAUGAAGAUUUCACAGAAGUUGUUUUUCUUUGUGAUUGGGUCCGGGUCGAAGACAAAAAAACUGGAUCAUAUGUGGAUGCAGAGACAAACUCGAGGUUCGUGAACUUCGAAAAGUUUAAGAGAAGCUCUAAAGAAGUUGACGAACCCUGCAUCCAUGCUUCUCAAGCUGCCCAAGUCUUUUAUUGUGCUGAUGAGACUAGAAAGCAUUGGCAUCUUGUAUUAGAAUCUCCCAAGAGAUCCGGCCUAAAGGUGAAUGCUUAUGAAGAUCCGUAUGUGUUUACUGCAUCCAUGAAUCAACCUUAUUUCUUCAACAUCUUUAGAUGACGACGAGUAUUGGAUGGAGAUUAGAGUGAAGGUGGUGCAGCUGUCUGGGUUCCUGCACCAGGGAGAGAGAUUUAUGGAAUACAGGCUGGUUCUUUCUACAACCUGCCUCAGGGACAACACACAGCAUUUUCUCCAUGUCAAACUGGGCAUCCAGCCUUUGCUGGGAUAUAUCAUCCAACACGGAAAAUGGGAGGAGCACCUGUUCACCCUCUGCUUCAGCAGUCUCAAACCAUGGAUGGAGCUGUUGAAAUGGUAGGACCUCCUGCAGGUGUUUAUCAGCAGCAGCCUCAAUGCACAUAGGUGAAUUGGACCAAUACUUACUGAAAUAGAAAGAAGUUUCGUUAUAUUUUUUGGAGUUCAGAAUGCUCAAGUAUAAUUAUAACUUAGAAUGGUGUGAAUUCAGUACCCAUGUAAAACUUUUCGUUGUUUUUGACCUAACUAUCAACUCGAUUAAUAUAAAUCGAGUUACUGUUGUAAACAUAUUUUGAAUUUGGAUUGAAUGGUGAAUGUUUCAAAUGAGCAUCUAUUAAAGUUCAGUUUAGUGAAU